GAACACAGGAACUUCCUGCUCUGGACAGAAGAGACUGGGAAAUUUUUGUGUGUGUCAGCUGGUCCCCAAGACUCUCAGUUACGUCAACUAUCGAUCAGGACAAGAAGUUAACUCGGACCAUAAAUUAACAACGAGCGUUAAAAAUGAGUCAACCGAGGAUUGGGAUUCCAAGGCACGAAAAUGACAAACUUUAACCAGCAGCCCACCUUAACUGCAUUUUAGAGCACUGUUGGCAAGCCUCAUGAAAGGGAGAGCUUUAUUGUCCUAGCUAGCGGGCUAACGUUAGCUGUUUGUCUGGUGGAGUUAUCGACAUGGCUACUAGAGAGAUGACUUUUCGGCAGAAAUACCGUCGCCCACCAUCGAGCAUAAAGCAGGAGCAGGACGACGACUCGGACGUGGAGGAGUCUCAUCUGGGGCCGAGGAGGACAGACGGGCUGGAGUCGCAAAUCAUUCACAGCGGACACUUCAUGGUGUCCUCGCCCCACAGCGAGCACCCCCCGAAGAAAGGCUACGACUUCGACACUGUCAACAAACAGACCUGUCAGACGUAUCGUUUUGGCAAGGCGAGCAUGUCGCACUUCUCUAUAGACGCCUCACUGACCAAACUGUUUGAGUGCAUGACUCUUGCGUACAGUGGUAAGUUGGUAUCUCCCAAAUGGAAGAACUUCAAAGGUCUAAAGCUGCUUUGGAGAGACAAGAUCCGCCUCAACAACGCCAUAUGGAGAGCCUGGUAUAUGCAGUAUGUGGAGAAAAGGGAGAAUCCCGUUUGUCAUUUUGUGACUCCCCUUGAUGGAAACAUGGACUUAGACGUCCAUCGUCCUGCAGAGGCCAUUGCCACAGAGGGGAAAUGUUGGAAAAGGAGAAUUGAAAUUGUCAUAAGAGAAUACCACAAGUGGAGAACAUACUUUAAGAAAAGGCUACAGAAGCACAAGGAUGACGACCUCUCAAGCUUGCUUAAGGGGCCGGAGGAGCAGUUCUCACUGUUUGGGGAAGUCUCUCCAGACAUGCUCCGUGUCUCCUUUAAUCAGGAUGAAGAGACUCCUGCACGCCGGUUUCCUCGUAAACACAGUGAAACACCUGCACCUAUGGAGAUGGACCCCCUUUUUGACAUGGAUGUUCUAAUGUCUGAGUUUUCAGACACACUGUUCUCUACGUUGGCCUCGCACCAGCCCAUACCCUGGCCCAAUCCAAGAGAGAUUGCUCAUGCAGGAAACGCAGACAUGAUCCAACCAGGACUCAUCCCUUUACAACCCAACCUAGACUUCAUGGACUCCUUUGACCCUCUGCAAGACUUAUUUCACAGCCUCCGUCAGCCCAUCUUCCCCUCUGUUUCCCCCACUGCAUCACCUGUCACCUCUCUGCCCAGCAGCAGCUCUCAGUCACAGGCCCAGUUAAUGUCCUCCAUGCAGCCAACCACAAUAUCCCUUCCUGGCCCCCUGCCAAUCCCCUCUCCCAUGGCCAGUCAAACCAGUCAAACAGGUGGUGGUGGUAAUGCUGCUUAUAUACCAAAUUACAUGCCUCUGUUUACUGGGCAGGUGGAGCCCAGUGAUCAAGCAGUAGUUUCCUCAGUCUCUCAGCCAUUAUCCCAUGAUGCUUUGGCACAAUGCCUUCCAGGUCAGGACAUGACCUCAGCAUCACCCAUGGUUCCCUCAGCACUGGAUGAGACCAUAGCACCAUCUGUGAUUACACACACCGCCUCCUCAAUUGUCACACCCAGUGAUGCUGCCACCACCUUCAGCCAUGGCUCAGAGUAUAGUUCCAUAUCCACACAGCCUCCACCUCCUCCAUCCCAGCUCCAACCCAUGGCUCCGUUGCCUGUUACUCCUGCCCAGCACCCUCAGACAUUUGUCCUGCCUCGCCCCUUUCAGCCAUCCAGCACCAUCAAAAACCGCCCCGUGCAGAGGAUAGCUCCCGCUACCACCCUCCCCCCACCCCACCUCAUCCUCACAGCCCCUUUUCCAGGUCCUGCCAAUGCUGUGAUUGUUACUCCGACACCUCUGAAAGCAGAUGUGGUCAUCGCUUCAUCUCAUCUUGGACAUCCUUCUGGAUUUCAAGUUGUGCCUCAGACGCAGAAGUCUCCCCAGCCAAUUGUCCCCAAAGAAAAGUCUUACUCUUCCAGCCGCAAAACUCAGAAAGCUUCCUCUGCUGUUGCUCACAGUCAGUCAGGAUCAGGUCCAGGGUCACCAUGUGGUGUGUUAGAUCAAGUUCAUAGUCCCCAGUCUCUUAUCAGCAGCAGCACAGCUCUGGUAAAGAAUGAACAAAAUCAGAGCCGGAGGACAACACACAUAUCUGCAGAGCAGAAGAGACGAUCAAACAUAAAUAUUGGUUUUAAAACACUCUGCAACCUAGUGCCCACUCUAAAGUCACAAUCAAAUAUCAGUAAUGCAGUCACAUUACAGAAGACAGUGGAGCACAUUGGGAAGCUCCAGCAGGAGAGGCAGCAGAUGCAGGAAGAGGUCAAGAGGCUACGAGAAGAGAUAGAGGAGCUCAACACCUCCAUUAACUUAUGUCAGGAGCAGCUACCUGCCACAGGGGUGCCCAUCAGGCGGCAUCGCUUUGACCACAUGCAAGAGAAGUUCAAAGAAUAUGUGAAGAACCGCACUAUUCAGAACUGGAAGUUCUGGAUUUUCAGCAUCAUUAUCAAGCCUCUCUUUGAUUCAUUCAAUGGGAUGGUGUCAACUACAAACAGAGCAGAGAUGUAUCAGACCACACUGCAAUGGCUCCACCAGCACUGUUCCCUUCCGGUUCUCAGACCCAUGGUGCUUGGUACCCUUCGCCAGCUGAGCACGACCACAUCCAUCCUUAGCGACCCAUCCCUGCUGCCUGAAGAAGCCAUCCAGGCCGUCUCCCACCCGCAGAUGUGUAGCUUUGCUGUCAGUGGAGGUGAGGUGACCUAAAAGCCACCAGAACCUUUCAGCAGCAAUCAUCAAUAUGACAUAUCACUACUUUAACUAAAAGUUUUGCAAGGACUUUCACAGAUCCACACCUUCCCCAGUGAAUAAACGAAAUGCAAGCUGCUGUAAGUCUGACUUACUUUAACUCUGCAUGUGCAACGGUCACAUAUUUAGUCCACUGUACAUUGAUUCUUGGGAAUAAUGCCAUCAGGCAGUGUUACCUUUACGUCACAUUAACUGUGCAAGAAUGACUUUAAUCAUAUCACAAUAAUUACUACUACCUUCACCUGUAGGAAGUGAAGAUUUUCUAAAUAUGCUACUGGAUGUUGGUACAUGUGGUUUGCUGUUGAACAGCAUAUAUUUAAAUUUCUUUCAUAAUGCACAAACACAAUAUUGUGUUACAAAUGGAAAUACUGUGUGAAUGUUCAUUUUGUGUUCUCUUUCACAUAUGUAAUGUUUGAAUAUAAGGCUUUUUUUCACAAGAAGAUGAGAUCAGUGUGAGAUGUUUUAGUAUAGUCUGUGUUUUUGGAAGCUCUGUAGUUGGCCUCAGCCCAGAAUGUAGGGGAUCGCCUUAAACAUGAUCGCUCGUGUGCUUCCUAGACCUGAUCGAUACUAGAGCCAUUACUGUAUGUUUUCUGCCCAUCAUUUACUCAGGUAAAUGUUGUUUUUUGCAAGUUAGCGAUUGUAGUAUUUGCAUCUGUGGUUUUCCGUCCAUGCUGAACUUCCUCCUUCAUACUGUGCUCGCUCUAGUGAGUUUAUCUACAAAUUACACAUCACUUCAGAUAUGGUGUGUUACGUAUGCAGGCACAGCAUAAUGGAGCAAUAUUACUUAAAGCCCUCAUAGGGAACAUAGCAGUACAGAUGAUCUUUAUACUUUAUUCCCAUGUACAGUGUUACAAGGUUUUGGCUGAAGGUGCAGUAGCUGCGUUUUUCAUUCUUCUCUGGUCACUCAGGGCUACGCUGGUGAGCGUCAUUCUUCUUUAUUUCGCUAUGAGCAAAUCAAGUCAGGAUCUGUCUCAAGAAUGAUAAUCUGUAAAGGUACAGGUUACAUCACAUGGUUUGAUUUAAUUUUUUUUUUCUCAUAGUUACUCUGAUUUAUAACACGUUAAUGGCAGACACAAGAGAAAACAAUCGGUCUGCCAUAUCAAGACACGGCACACAGAAAAAGACCAAAAGCCUUAUCAGAGAGCCAUUCACUCAUCCUAUGCAGUGCUCUCGUUGUGUUACUGACAUCAUGUGACAACUUGAAAAUUAGACACUGUAGUCGUACAUGUGUGGCGUACAUCAGUCUGAAGGUCAAAGUGCCCUUACCUGAGAUCUGUGCAGGCUGCUUUGUCUUUUUUUUAUUUGUGGUUCAGCCCUCAGGUAGACGUACAUUCUGUGACUUCUGCUUUUGCUUCUUCUGCAGAACAACUGAGUUUACUCUUGAGUUUUAAGGCAUCAUUUUAUUUGAUGAAUGUGCAGCUUUUUAAGUGUGGUCUUUCAUUAUGGAUUGUGUCUUAAUGGGACACUACUUUUCUACAAUGUAAAAAAAAUAAAUCAUUUGCCUGAGGAUAUACAGGUUGCUCUGAUGUCAACAAAACAAAGCAUCAAGGCACUGUCAAAAUUCAACACUUUGUACGAUAGUGCAGCAUUUUCAGUGUUGCAAAUUAAGAGUUCACAUUUAUCCAUAACUGUUUACUGAAUGCAGCAAUGAUUGUCAUGAUUGCAAGUGAAAUUUUUGUUUUUAAAUUUAUUGUGAUAGUUUUCUAUUUUCUUGUUAUAUGACACAAAGCCCUGUUGUUCUAGCGUUCAACUGCAUUUUGGCCUUUGUGUGGUGAUUACAAUUUUUUUGCCCCCUCUCAUCCAAUGAUUUUAAAAUGCUUAUCACAGCUGGUUUGAUUUGAUUUGUUUUGUGUUGAGGGGGUUGUACUGGAUGAUAUAUGAUUGCAGACUAGAUCUACCCACAUUGGUUCUCCCCACAUUCAGUAUUGUAUCUAAUUUGUUUUAAGAAGUAAAGGUUUUCUUAGCUGCAUCUUGGUGUUUUUGUCUUCCAAAGUCCUCAAAUGCCUUCACACAUCAUGUGUUUUAAAAUGCCUGAUGAUUCAGAAUCACAAUAAAAGCAACAAACAAG